UUUGUAUCCACCAUCGACAUAUUGACAAUAGACACUCCCCCAUACACACCACAACAGCAACAACUAUAGCACCUGUAACAUCCCAUUCUCUCUGGGUUCGGAAUUCCGUAGACCAUGGUGGACUGGGUUAACCUCGCGAUCCCCUUCGCCUACCUAGGCGUGGUCGUGGGCUCCCUCUACACCUUCUCCUACCUCUAUCGCAAACGGCAAGCCGCUCACGCUGCUUCUCUCGCCCCAUGGUUCGACCCGCACCUCCAGCGCAACAUCUACCUCUCCCUCCUGCACCUCGACCCCCCCGAAGGCACUCCCAAGGUCCCCGAUGGCGUGCUGCGCGCUGCGCUGCUCCGCCGCGCCACCGAGGACAUCCACCGCAUCGUCGCCGUGCGGAACGCGAAGCAGGCGCUGACGACGUUGCUGCAGCGCGGGAGCGUCGGGGACGAGCUAUGGCAGCGGUUUCAGCGGGCGGAGAAGGAGGUGGAGGAGGAGAUAAGGGAUGUGGUGAAUGAGGCCAACGCCUUCUCCCCCAACUGGGGCCAAUCCAUCUUCCAAAGCGCCAACGAGAUGGCCAACAACGCCAUCGUCCGCAAGCGCACCGAGGAGCUCCAGGCGCAGGUGCCCAAGGAGAAAGAGUGGUGGGCAAAGAAGCUCGCGGGGAUCCAGUCGGACUUCAUGAAGGAGCUGGACGAGGAAUCGGGGGCGAAGAAAGCGACGGCAGCGGUGCCAGUGUCGGCAGUGGGGAGUAAGGGGAGCGAUGACGAUACGGUGUUGGUGGAGGCGGGGGGACCGACGGCGUCGCAGCAGGGAGGGGGGAAGAAGAAGAAGAAGGGGAAGCAUUGAAAGGGGAGAUGGAUGGUGUUACGCACUGGCAAUGAUCGGGCGUUCAUAUGUCUUGCGUCCUUUGGUGGUGUUGCUUGCAUUUCACGGAGCGUUCGGCGUUUUUAGGGAAACAAAAGUCUACGUCUCAAGGACGGCGUGGUCGAUGGUUGUACAAAUAUCUAGGGAUUCUAAACUCGGUAGGCCUGUCCUGGUUGCAGGUGUACCAUACCCGUUUUGGUAUCAAUAUUCCAAGCCCAGAGCAACCCCCGGACUUUAAUUCAAAAUCCAUGAAACGCCCACCCAU